AUGAGGAACGUGGAUGGGAUGCUCGAGUCAAAGGAAAAGGGAAGUCAAGUAGUUGACUUGCAUAGCUACCGUGACACCGAAAACCAAACACGCACUUCAAGAAGAGGUCGCGUGUUUGCUCUUUUUAAAUUAAGCGCUUUUCUUGCCCGACAGAAGAAGAAGAAAAAACCUCGCCGCCUCGACCAUCAUCUAUCUUCCCUUCCUCGCUUGUACAACUCGUACGACCAAUCCACCCACCCCCCCUCUCAACUCGCAACUCCGCAACCACCGGUCCCAAUCCGACACUCCCAAACCACCCCAAUAAACAAGCGACGACGAGUGAUCGAGCUUCCACACAAUCAUCAAACUUCCCUUCUUUUUUUGCCCUUUCACUCCUCCAAUCCCCUAUCUCAGUACACUGCGAAACGUCACAAACGACUGGCCAGCAGCCGUCGUCCAUCCGCUCUCCGUCGUCUCGAUGGCGCUCCACACGACCACGAAGCCGCGCGCGUCCAGCGCCAAGACCAAGAUUCAAGACCAAGCGCAAGACCAAGAGUCAGCUACCAGCGCCUCCGUGUCGUCGCUCGUUCCAGCAGCUCCCGCGGCCACAACCCGUUCGACCAGCGCUGCAACAAUGCGACACCCAAGUACGAAGUCCUCGGCCGUCGCGUGAAAGGCGCGAGUCGCAACGUCGCGGCCGCUCGAGCCGCAGCCGAGCAGAAGCGACGCAAGACGUUGGGCGUCGAGUUUCGAGCGCGGAAGAAGAGCAACGUGUUCAAGGACAAGCGAUUGGGCGAGCAGGACCCGACGCUGUCGCUGGAGGACAAGAUGAUGGCGCGUUUCCAGACGGAGCGCAAGCGGCAGAUGCGACACGCAGGAGCGUUCGCACUGCACGAUUCGGACCAGGAAGGAGGAGGAGGAGGAGAAGAAGAAGAGGAAGAGAAGAGGCGGUAUGGCGGACUGGUUCUGACGCACAGAGGGGCUCGGAUUACGGACGGAGAGGAGGAGGAGGAGGAGGUUGGACAGGGUGGGAGGGACGUUAGUGAAGACGAUCGGAGUAAGACGGAAGAGGACUGGAAGAUGGAUCGAGAGAUUGUUGAUACGCUUCACUUUGGUGGAGGAGGAGCUGCUGCAUCUGCUGUGGAGGAAGGAGGGAGUACGCUUGGCGUGCGGAAGACGCAUAAGGAGGUGAUGCAGGAGGUGAUGAUGAAGGCCAAGUUGUACAAGGCCGAGCGGCAGAAGAACAAGAGCGCGCAAGAAGAAGCGACGGACCAGCUGGAUGCGGGGUUUGCAGGUCUCCGCGAUCUGCUCGAGUUCCGUCCUACUCGUGCGAACGGCAAGGAAGUGCAGUCGAAAGCACCGAUGGACGAGUUUGACACGUUGACGCGGGAGUUUGCGUUUGAAGCGAAAGUCAAGGCGACGGAACGGCGGAUGUCGCCGGAAGAAGCAGCGGCGAAGGACCGGGAUCGGCUGAAGGAGUUGGAGAAGAAACGCGUGGCGCGUAUGCAUGGUGCAGAUGGGGACGAUAGUGAUGAUGGAGGUGGCGAGCGUGGUGGGACACGGAAGGGGAGGAAAGGCAAGAAGAAGGACAAGAGAGACAAGACGUCGGAAGCGAUUGUGGUGCCCCCGACAGAUGACGAUUUGAUGGACGACUAUGUUGUUGAUGACCGUUUUGCUCAUGGAGAUGAGGAUGGAGAGGAAGAUGUGGAGGCAGGAGAUGAGGACCACGACAUGGACGACGAGAGUGACGAGGUGGACUCUGAAGAGGAGUCGGAGGAAGAGUUGGUGGAUGAUGAAGGCAGAGCUUCCGAUGAAAAGGGCAAGGCAGAUGGUGUUGAGAAAGCAGUUGACUUGGAUGAAGAUGAAGAGGUUGACGGCAGUGACGAUGAGCUGCAGAAGCGACUGGACGACGCUGAAGAAGCGGCUCAGGAGCUUCCGUUUGUGUUUACAUGCCCCGAAUCUCCCGACGAGCUAGUGGCGCUUUUCAAGCAGCAUGCACGCAAUUCGCCUUUGAAGCGAGGACUGAUCCUGGAACGCAUUGUGACGUACUACAAUCCGCGAUUGAGCGUGGAGAACAAGACCAAGAUGAAGACGUUCUUUGCCGUGAUGGCGCGUCAGUUCCUGGUCUUUGCAGCUCGGUAUGCUGCCCACAAGCAAGACCUGGACUCGCUAGCAAAGUCCAUGUACACCUUGGCGCAGCAAAUGGGCGACACGGCCGGUAUCGUCGCUCGAGAACUACUCGCGCAGCUUUACAAGCGCUUGCACAAACGCACGUCAACCUGUGCAUGGCCUUCGCUGCCCGAGCUGCUUUUGUUCAAAGCAUUGACAAGCAUUUUCCCCACGUCGGACUUGCGACACAAUGUGAUUUCGCCCAUGGAGACGCUGCUUGGCUCUAGUUUGGCUCGAGGCACGAUCGAGUGCCCGCAAGAGGCUGUUCAAGCGCUGUUUGCCGCGUCAUUGUCCCUCGACAUGACGCGGUCGAAAGUGCGGUUUAUGCCGGAACUUGUCACGUUCCUCACGCGUCAUCUUCGUGCGUUUGUGGUCCCAAGUACAGAGACGUCAAGUGGACACGACACGCAACAGGAGACAAGUCACUGGUUACGUCGAGACUUAUUCGAGCGUGGUCCCGUCUCCACUUGUGCAGCUACAAAGGACAAGAACGCGCCAAUAGUGUCCCGUCUGUCACUCUCAAGUUCAAGUUCAAGUGGCAGUAGUCAAGUCUUGACUUCGCUCUUGGUGCUACUUCAAGUGGCUUCGGCUCAGUAUGCGCAGCUGCCGUCUUUUGACGAGCUCUUUUACCCGCUGUACCUGCUACUUCACGCUUUGGCCAAACAGCUGGAGACGGCGAAAGGGCUCGGACGUGAGGUUUUAUCGUCGAAAGUGCAUACGGCGAUUUCACUGGCGCACAGUCGUUUGGCUGCUUGUUGGCAGCAGCGCGAACCGCUGCGACUUCAGCGGUUUGCUCCAACGGGGUUGCCCACGUUUGCCCCGCAUUUCGACGAGAAUUACACGGUGCGAAAGGACAAAAUGGCACCGAAAGACACGGCGCAGCUCAAGCAACUGCAACGGCAAGUGAAGCGAGCGAGGAAAGGCGCAGCUCGUGAAUUGCGACGUGAUGCCGAGUUUUUACACCGAGAGAAGCAGAAGGAAGAGCAGACGCGAGUUGAAGCGAAAGCCGAGAAGCAAAAGGAGAUUCGACGCUGGCUGGACGAGCAGAAUGCGACAUUUAACCAACAAGUACGGAAAGGAGGCAAUAUGCUUAAAGGAGGAGGGUCGGCUCGAGGUCCCGCCCCUCGAGCACGGGCUCUAUCGAGGCAGUAA